AUGGAUCUUGAGAAGUUCAGCUGCACACUAUGGCUGAGAUGGAUGUGGCAUGAUUGGGCUUCCACCACCGUUUCCCUCGAUGAUGGCAACAAGGCCAAAUUUUGGGAUGAUCAAUGGCUUAAUGGCGUGGCCCCUAAAUUGAUCGCUCCUUCCGUGUUUAAUUUGGUCAGGAGGAAAAAUAACACAAUAUUUCAGCCCGAAAAUUCAGGAGAAAAUGGUCCUUUUGAUGCAAAGAUUAUAUUUGUGGCUCUCAAGAUCCAGGAGACCGCGAGGGAUUACACGCACGCAGCUCUCCACAAAAUCGAGUUGUUAUGGGAGGCACAACUUGCUCCGCACAACCGGAACAAGGGCAUUGGGCUGAAGCAGGGUGAAGGAAAUCUGCCGAUCUUGCUGGUCGCCCUUGACUACCUGCGCAGAGAGCUUGGCAUCAUCCACACGGAUUUGAAACCAGAGAAUGUUCUUCUUGUGUCGACGCUCAACCAGGCAAAAGAUCCGGCACGCUUCGAGUUCACACCGAUCCUUGAUAGGCCUGUGGGCAACCAGUAUGGUGGGCCAGUGAUUAGCUUCAGUGAGAAGAUGCUCAAGAUGAGAGCAAGGCGAGCUGUGGCAAAGAUUUCCCAGAGGCGGUGGACCGAUCAGCAGCUUGCUGGUGAAAUACAGACAAGGCAGUACAGAGCUCCUGAGGUUAUCGUCGGUUCCGGGUACUCGUAUUCUGCUGACAUGUGGUCAUUUGGUUGCAUGGCCUUUGAGCUUGCCACCGGUGACUUGUUGUUUGCUCCCAAGAAUUGCCAGGGAUGCAGUGAAGAUGAGGACCACCUGGCUCUGAUGAUGGAAACUCUUGGAAAGAUGCCUCGGAAGAUUGCUAGCUCAGGGACUCGUUCAAAGGAUUACUUUGAUCGGCAUGGAGAUUUAAAGAUGAUCAGAAGACUGAAGUUCUGGCCCUGGACCGUGUACUUGUGGAAAGGUACAAUUUCACUGAAUCUGACGCCCAAGGCUUUGCUGACUUUCUUCGGCCAAUACUAGAUUUCACUCCAGAGAACAAACCCUAUGCUGCGCUGUGCUUGAAGCACCCCCAGCUUAGUUGAA